UUCUCUCUCCCUGUCUUCUCUUGUAUUGUGCCUUCAGAGGGAGAUCUCUGUUCUUCUCGAGCAUAAUCUGCAGCCAACUUGAAUCCAAAAUGGGAGGCAAGGGAGAAUGUGGAGAUGAUGUUGAUCCUAUGCCUUUCUUGGCUCCGACCGAGAAGGAGAAGCUGGAAUACCUGAAGAAGCCCUAUGACAUCAAGAGGUCCUGCUGGAUCAAAGAUGAGAAGAGUGGUUUCGUUGAAGGGGAAAUCCAGUCUGAAAAAGAUGAGCAAGUCACGGUGAAGACGGCCAAGACAACUGUGACUAUGAAGAAGGAUCUUGUUCAACAGAUGAAUCCACCGAAGUUCAUUCAAGCCACAGACAUGGCCAACCUGACCUUUCUGAAUGAGGCCAGCGUCCUCGUCAAUCUCCGGGAUCGCUAUGUCAACAUGCGAAUCUAUACAUAUUCUGGGCUGUUCUGCGUGACUGUGAACCCUUACAAAUGGCUGCCCAUCUACGGCACCAGAGUGGCGAAUAUGUACAAGGGCAAGAAACGCAAUGAGAUGCCUCCUCAUCUUUUCUCAAUCUCUGACAACGCAUAUCAUGACAUGCUCAUGGAGCGUGAAAACCAGUCAAUGUUGAUCACAGGAGAAUCUGGUGCUGGAAAGACUGAGAAUACCAAGAAGGUUAUCCAGUAUUUUGCCAACAUGGGCGGCUGUAAGCCAGUCGGUGGCGAUGAGAAGGGCUCCCUGGAAGAUCAAGUCAUCCAGGCCAACCCUGUGCUGGAAGCUUUUGGCAACGCCAAAACCACCAGGAACAACAACUCCUCGCGCUUUGGAAAAUUCAUCCGCAUUCACUUUGGUCCAUCCGGCAAACUCUCGGGUGCUGAUAUUGAGAGCUAUUUGCUUGAAAAAUCGCGUGUGAUCUCGCAACAGUCAGCUGAGAGAGGCUACCACAUCUUCUAUCAGCUCUUGUCUGGGAAGAUCCCAAGCAUAAUCGAGGCGCUGUUGUUGCAGCCCGACCCGAACCAAUACUUCUGGGUCUGUCAGGGUGUCGUUAGUGUGGACAACAUGGAUGAUGGAGAGGAGUUGGGUCUCACUGAUGUUGCCUUUGAUGUCCUGGGCUUCACUCCUGACGAGAAACUGGGCAUCUACAAGUUGACUGGGGCAAUUAUGCAUUUCGGUAACAUGAAGUUCAAGCAAAAACCAAGAGAAGAACAAGGAGAAGUUGACACUCCUGAAGUGUCGGACAAAGUCGCCCACUUGUUUUCCAUCAAUUCUGGAGAUUUGCAAAAGGGCAUCACCAGGCCUAGGGUGAAGGUUGGCAACGAGUUUGUGCAGAAGAGUCAGAACGUGGACCAGUGCUACAAUGCGAUUGGCGCGUUGGCGAAGUCUGUUUAUGACAAAAUGUUCAAGUGGAUGGUGGUCAGGAUCAACAAGACCUUGGACACCAAGUUACAGCGCCAGUACUUCAUAGGAGUGCUGGACAUCGCUGGCUUUGAAAUCUUUGAGUUCAACAGCUUUGAGCAACUCUGUAUCAACUUCACCAACGAGAAGCUGCAACAGUUUUUCAAUCACCACAUGUUCGUCCUGGAACAGGAGGAAUAUAAGAAGGAGGGGAUUGUUUGGACUUUCAUUGAUUUCGGCAUGGAUCUCCAAGCUUGCAUCGAGCUGCUGGAGAAGCCCAUGGGAAUCUUCUCCAUCCUGGAAGAACAAUGUGUGUUCCCCAAAGCCACGGAUGCAACAUUCAAGGCCGCCCUGUACGACAAUCAUUUGGGCAAGUCCAACAAUUUCUUGAAACCCAAAGGUGGCAAAGGAAAAGCAGAACCCACGUUUGAGCUGGUCCAUUAUGCUGGCACGGUUGGCUACAGCACCCAGGGUUGGCUGGAGAAGAACAAGGAUCCCUUGAAUGAAACGGUGGUGGGCCUUUUCCAAAAGUCAUCCCAGGCUUUACUACCCAUUCUGUUUAAAGAAGAAGAAACACCAGCUGGUGGAAAGAAACAGAAGAAAGGCUCUUCCUUCCAGACUGUUUCUGCGUUUUACAGGGAACAGCUGAACAAGUUAAUGACCACGCUACGCAGCACCGCUCCCCACUUUGUACGUUGCAUUGUGCCGAAUGAACACAAGCAGUCAGGUGUGUGUGAUGCUGGCCUAGUUCUUCAUCAACUUGCGUGUAACGGUGUACUGGAGGGCAUCCGUAUCUGCAGGAAAGGAUUCCCCAACAGACUGCAGUAUCCUGAGUUUAAACAGAGAUACCACAUCUUGAACCCCAAUGUCAUCCCUAAGGGAUUUGUUGAUAACAAGAAAGCUUCAGAACUGGUCCUUGGUUCACUUGGUCUGGAGGAAAAUGAGUACAAAAUUGGACACACUAAGGUGUUCUUCCGGGCCGGUGUCCUGGCCAAGCUGGAGGACUUCCGUGAUGAGCGACUGGCAAAGAUUCUCACAAUGAUCCAGUCCCGUUGCCGCGGGAUGCUGAUGCGAAUAGAGUUCAAAAAGAUGCUGGAUAGAAGCUACGCUGUAUUUGGGCUAUGUACAGAAUACAAUGAAUAUGCCUUUUUGUUAAAUAUUCCCCUUUUUAAGAUUGUCAGUAUUCAGCUUCUGCAGCUGACUGCUGAAAUGGCUAAGUGUUCGUACCGCAUAAAAGCAACUCCUUCCACCUUCCCACCACAAAUAAGUGCUCGUUCUCAACCAGCAAUAAGGCACAGGUCCUCCUGCAUGCACGUUAUUCAGCCGAGCUUACCCUUGCCCACCGUUGAUGAUCGGGUUAUGUUACUCCAUCAGGCUCUGGAUGGCAAAGUGCGCUCCAUGACCAAUGACCUCAAUCAGCGGGACGAAACCAUCGCCAAACUGCAAAAGGAGAAGAGAGCCUUGGAUGAGCUUCAGCAGAAAACACUGGAUGAUCUUCAGUCUGAGGAAGAUAAAGUCAACCAUCUGACCAAAACCAACGCAAAACUCAACUCCCAGAUUCAAGAGCUGGAAGAUAACUGGAGCCAGGAGAAGAAGAUCAGGACUGAGGUGGAGAAAGCUCGGCGAAAGGCUGAGGGAGAUCUGAAGAUGACAAUUGAAAACCUGAAUGAGAUGGAAAGACUAAAGCUGGACCUGGAGGAAAUUCUGAAGAAGAGGGACAUGGAGAUUAAUUUAUUGACCUCCAAGUUGGAAGAUGAACAAUCUCUGAACACCACGUUACAUAGGAAGCUGAAAGAGCAUCAGUCUCGAAUUGAAGAGCUGGAAGAGGAACUUGAGGGCGAACGGGCGAUGAGAGCCAAGGUCGAGAAGCAGAGAGCUGAGUAUGCCCGUGACUUGGAGGAACUCAGUGACAGACUGGAAGAAGCUGGAGGGGCUACAGUAUCUCAGAUUGAGAUGAACAAGAAGCGGGAAACAGAACUGCUGAAGCUGCGACGGGAGCUGGAAGAGUCCGCGCUGCAGGCUGAGGCCACCGCCGCGGCGCUCAGGAAGAAGCAAACCGACUCCUUGGCUGAGCUGACGGAGCACAUCGAGAACCUGCAGAGGGUCAAGGGCAAACUGGAGAAGGACAAGCAGGUCAUGAAAUCCGAGAUCGAUGAUCUCAGCGGCAACGCCGAGGCCCUGCAGAAAGCCAAGCUUGGUGCAGACAUGCAUGUUCGAAAGCUGGAAGACAACUUAACAGAGGCCAUUGCCAAGUAUUCCGAAAUGGAAAGAAACAUGAGUGAAGUUAAUACGGUGAAGACCAGGUUAUCAGCGGAGAACAGCGAGUUGAGUCGUGAACAUGAGGAAGCCCAGAGUAAACUGAACCAGCUGAUCAGGACCAAAGUUACCCUCAGUACACAAGUUGAAGACCUCAAGAGGCAGCUAGAAGAAGAGUCACGGUCCAGAAGCGGAGCAGUGGUGGGUCUCGCCAACGCCAAGCAUGACAUGGACCUGACAAAGGAACAACUGGAGGAAGAGCAAGCGAGCAAAGCUGAACUGCAGCGACUGGUCUCCAAGCUAAACAGCGAAGUGACAACAUGGAGGACCAAGUAUGAGACCGAUGCCAUUCAGAAGACAGAGGAACUGGAAGAGACAAAGAGGAAGCUGGCCGCUCGGUUGCAGGAGGCUGAAGAAGCUGCUGAGGCUGCACAAGCCCGGGCAGCCAGCCUGGAGAAGUCCAAGCAGAGACUCACUGGAGAGGUGGAAGACUUAUCCAUUGAGCUGGAAAAGUCAAACGCUGCUGCAGCUCUUCUGGACAAGAAGCAACGAUCCUUUGACAAAAUGCUGUCAGAAUGGCAGCAGAAAUAUGAAGAAAUACAGGUUGAACUGGACAGCUCGCAGAAGGAAUGCCGGAGCUACGUGACGGAAGUCUUCAAACUGAAGACAAGCUACGAGGAGAUUAUUGAGCACCUCGAGGUUGUGAAGAAAGAUAAUAAAAAUCUUCAAGAAGAGAUUAAGGAGCUGGUCGAUCAGCUGUCAGAAGGUGGCAAGAGUGUGCACGAGCUGAUGAAAUUAAGGAAGAAGCUAGAAAUUGAAAAGGAUGAACUGCAACUGGCUCUGGAAGAGGCUGAAAGUUUGCUGGAGACAGAGGAGGCUAAGUUGGUUCGGGUUCAACUGGAACUGGCACAGGUGAAGGCAGAUAUCGAGAGGAGAAUCCAUGAAAAGGAAGAGGAAUUCGAAACCACCAGAAAGAACCACCAGCGUGCCAUUGAAUCGCUGCAGGCCAGCUUAGAUGUUGAAUCGAAGGGCCGUGCUGAGGCUCUCAGGCUGAAGAAAAAGAUGGAGUCCGAUGUGAACGAGAUGGAGAUCCAGCUGGAGCAUGCAAACAAGAACAAUGCCGAGCUGGUCAAGACCCUAAAGAGACUCCAGCAGCAACUCAAGGAAACACAGGCUCAAAUGGACGAGGACACCCGGCAUCACGAGGAACUGCGCGAACAGUUCAACCUGUCGGAGCGGCGCAUCAGCCUCCUGCAGACAGAGCUGGAGGAGCACCGCAACACGCUGGAAUCUAGCGAGCGAUCCCGCAAACUGACCGAGCAGGAGCUGGUGGAAGUGAGCGAGCGGUAUAACGAACUCAACGUGCAGAAUAGCACCUUGCUGGUGUACAAGAGGAAACUAGAAGGGGAUCUUCAGUCACUCACCAAUGAACAUGAAGAACUGAUUCACGAGUUCCGAUCUGCUGAUGAGAAAGCCAAGAAGGCCAUGAGUGACGCCACCCGCAUGGGCGAGGAACUGCGGCAAGAACAGGAGCACUGCAUGCACCUGGAGAAGAUCAAGAAGAACUUUGAGAUCACCAUCAAGGAUUUGCAGGGAAAACUGGAGGAAUCUGAGCAAAUGGCCCUGAAGGGUGGAAGACGUAUGAUCCAGAAACUGGAGACAAAGAUCAAGGAGCUGGAGUCUGAGCUGGACACAGAGCAGAAACGCCAUGUGGAGACAGUGAAAAAUCUGCGUAAGAAUGAGCGCCGGCUGAAGGAGCUGAUCUUCCAAACCGAUGAAGAUCACAAGACGAACCAACGCAUGCAGGAACUGGUGGAGAAACUGCAGGCCAAACUGAAGAGCUACAAAAGGCAGAUUGAAGAGUCUGAGGAACAGGCUAACCAAAGCCUGGCCAAAUACAGGAAGACUGUGCACGAGUUGGACGAUGCCGAGGAGAGAGCAGGAAUGGCAGAGUGUGCCCUGAACAAACUCCGCACCAGGAACCGCGUGUCCGCCAGCAAAAGUUUCAGCACCGUCGAGGUCAUCCAGGUGUCCUCCAAAUCUGCCCCCGAGGAGUAGGAAGGGCCUUGCCUCGUCUCGCCCAGUGGCCCCAACUUCAGUCACUCAGCAAAACCAUGUGUAAAAGGCACAUUAAAGUGUUGAACA